UUACAUUGCCAGUUCGUUUUACAGUCUCCGCACCGUACAUAGCAUCAGUCAGUCGGCACUAGUAGACCAUGUAAUGUAAACAUUAGAUGGCCGAGGAAUGCAUUUAGACAGUAGGUGCUGGUAGUGAAUAUUAUCAUGUGCGGUGAUAACGUGGCUGCGAGUCGGCGGGGUUUAGUCGGCGACGCGGGGUCGCGUGGUGCGGUCGCGUGUAUCGUUGCUAUCGCUCGAGUGACGUACGGAACCGCUUCGUGUGUUCGCGCUCGCGUACGCGCCGCAUUCCAUCGUGGGGGCCCUUCGCCGCUAUUGGCCGAUCCCGCGUGACGUCACACCUCGUAAUGAGGUAUUCAACAUGGCCGUGUAGCUAGUUCGCGAGUGUGCUUCGUUACUCGUUUGAAUGGAUUUAAUCAGUGAAAUAUGCCAAGGAGACGAAACGGUGAGAUACCCUUGCCCGACGGAUGGGAUUACGCGAGGGACUUUGACGGAAAACUGUAUUUCAUCGACCACAACAGUAGAAAAACGACGUGGAUCGACCCGCGAGACAGAUAUACUAAGCCACAGACAUUCGCGGACUGCAUUGGCAAUGAGCUGCCUCUUGGUUGGGAGGAGGCUUACGAUCCACAGAUCGGACGAUAUUACAUCAACCAUGUCAAUCAGGUGACGCAGUUAGAAGACCCGAGAUUAGAAUGGCUCAGCAUUCAAGAAGCGAUGCUGAGGGAGUACCUCCAUACUGCACAGGAGGCUCUCGAGGCGAAGAAGGAGAUGUACGAUGUGAAGAAGCAGAGGUUGUGUUUAGCCCAGGAUGAGUACAAGCAUUUGAACAAUGCGCUCUCCACACUAGCAGCCUCUAGAACUAGUCUGUGUUCAUCAACGACGUCGAUGACUACGACGUCCACCACCUCCCGACAUGACCCGGAGCUUCUGAGGUCGGAAGUGACGCAAGCGCGCGGCCGGGUCGCCCAGCUACGCAAGGAGCUAAGGCAAGCCCGAGCUGAAGUCGCCAGCGCACGUCGCGGAGUUGACACGCUUGCAGAAGUGGAGCAAAAAAUUAGCGCUCAACAGGGCUGCUACAACAUUACUGAAGCCCAAGCGAUCAUGACUGAAUUGAAAAAUAUUCAAAAGUCGCUCACCUCUGGGGAGAAAGAGAGGGCAGAUCUCAUGCAGUCGUUAGCCAAACUCAAGGAUGAUUUGACGAGACUGCAACUUGGAGACGCGUCACCUGAUCUAUCAACCCUCUCACUACCCCAGGAGAAACUAAGCACUGCUUCCCAAACCGAUCUCUGCGCCGACUUAGUUCCCAUUGGCACGAGAUUAGCUGAAAUGGCGCGGGUUCGGUUACAAUACGACGCAGCGCGGAAGAGAAUACAACAAAUUCAACAACAAUUAGCUGACUUAGAAGACAAAGUUCAGCCUGGCCAGGCAGAAUCCGAUAAGGAUCGACUGCUACUCUUCCAAGAGAAGGAACAGUUGCUUAGGGAAUUACGGAGUAUUACGCCUAGAACGAGAUCUAAACAAGAGAUGACUGAAAUCCAAACCGAAUGCAAGAGAUUAGAACAAGACCUGAAGAAUGCCUUUGAAAUGUCCAACAAGUGUAUAGCGGAUAGACUGAGGCUACAUGAAGAGAAGCAACUGUUGCUGCAACAGUUGAAAGACGCGUUGACGUCGAUGACGACCUUAGAAGGGCAGUUGAAGACGUUAUCAGCGAGUACGCUCUCGGUGUCAAGCAGUUCGAGCUUAGGGUCCCUUUCCACAGCCAGUAGUAAAGGCUCACUAAGCUCUGGCAUUAGUUUUACUGAUAUUUACGGCGGCCCGCAAAUCGCAACGUCUUUCUCAGCAGACAAGCCUAUCGACAUGGUCGAUUUGCAUCGAAGAGUUGAAAGGUUACUGCGUGGUACAAGUUAUAACGCAGACAGUGCGACUCCUGGAGCCAGCAGUUCACCAUCCCAGCCAUCCUUAUCACCGAGAAGUAGUUUGUCUUCAGCCAGUCCGCCACCACCUCCACCCUCGUACAAUCAGGUGGAAAGACAAAGGCGGCAACAGCGAGAACUAGAAGAGAAGUUAGCAGAAAUGAGGAUAGGUGUCGCCACUGGACUAAAUGAGGUCACAGGUCUUGCUACAAUUCCAGUACAACUGCAAGGUCCAGGGCGGCCGUGCGAGCCACUCUCCCCCAUAUCAGAGACACCUCCGCCACCAUCGCCCAGAACUCCCUCGUCUAGUGGUACAAACACUAGAUCAGUAUCAGCGGCAGUGAGCGACGAAUCAGUGGCGGGCGACUCUGGGGUCUUUGAGGCUGCGCAGGCGGCGAACGAUCCUUCUAACGCAGUGAACAGCGCUCAAAUAGAGAUUAAACUACGCUACUGUGCGGAUAAUGGUACGCUGGAGAUUGGAAUCCUGCGCGCGCGCAACUUGCACGCGUUGUAUAUUGACAUCGGCACGCAAGUCGGCGUGCGGUGCGCGCUGGUGGUGGGCGGGGGCUGCGGCUCGGCGUGGAGCGGCGGCGGCGCGGCCUGGCGCGGCGCGGCCCUGGCGCUGCGACACACGCACUGCGUGCCGCUGCGGGCCGCGCGCGCGCUGCGGGCCGCCACGCUGCAGGUCAACCUCACCGCCGGCGCAGAGUGUCUGGGCUGUGCACAAGUGAGUCUAGCAGACUUUGAGCCAGACACGGUGUCACAGAAAUGGUACAACGUGCUCAGCUUCAGAUGUAUGAGACGGGAUGAGAGCUCGGAUGAGUCUACUGUCAUCUCAUCGCAGACAUCCACCUUGACGAGGAAUAGAGGACCAGAAAGUAUGACGGGUGCAGAAUGUAACGUUGACUGCGGGGACAAUUCAGCAUCGGAGGACGAAGAGUCUAGAGAACCACUUAAUCAGAUAGUGGAAGAGGAUUCAUUCGAGGAUUACAUUCCUGAGGAGGAGCUUGCUUUAGAGGAGGAGUACCUUCACCCCACCACGGCGGAGAAGGAAACCAACACCGAGUGUAACUUCUGUCCCGAGGCAGCUAGGCAGUUGCAUAGGAGGAAAAGCCAGCAAGUAAACGCCAGCCUCGCCGAGCCCCUCGCCACCAUCAAGAGGUCACAAACGUUCUCGCCACAACCACAGAGUGUCGCCAAAGCACAGUACAUCUGCAGACUGAAUCGUUCGGAGUCCGACUCGUCGAUGGCCGCGUACGCGCGCCGUGCGACGAGUCACGCGCCGCCCCCCGCCGGGAUACCCUUCGACAGGAGUGUUAGGGAGAGACGAUCGCUCAGAUGGGGUAGGUCAGGGUCGUGUCCGCGCGGCGUGCGCGGCGGGCGCGGGGCGCGCGCGGGGCCGGGCGCGGCGCGCACGUCGCUGGACCUGGCGCUGGACCUGCGCGCGCAGCACUCGCGGCUGCACCAUCUGCGCACUGAUAUUGCCAACCUUACUGCGCUCAAAAAGAGGUUAGAAGAAGCUUGGAACCGCGGUGACCCGGCCGUGGCGGCCUGGGUAGCUGAGGAUGAAACCUUACGUCGCCUGGUCAGUCCGGGAGACCAACCUGCAGACAGAGCAUCACGGCUACUCAGUAGGACAUGUCGGGAGAUCUACCGUCUGAGGAAGUCUAGGCAGGGCGGACGGAAACCUGACCUUGUCACCUUCAAAGAAAAGAUGGCAUUCUUCACUCGCACCAAAACAACAAUCCCCCUCCUACCUGGCGAGGAUGGUGACGAGAUUCCAUCAGAAGACGACUGGGAAGAAGAUUUAGAAGAACGGCGGACUCCUGACGGUAGGUCUUCUAAGACAUCUUACGAGCUCCGACGAGACCAGCCAGCUACACAAGACCCGCCGGAGGUCGUGGAGUGCAAGAACCCGUGCUUGAACCUCGAGGGUCAAGAGGCAAAGGACGACACAAAGACUGAUGAGGUGAGGUAUGAGUUUGUUGUGGACAGAGUGCUCGGGGUACAGGUUUGAAAGGACGGGCCGUUACUGCGGUUGGUUAGAGUUGCGCAGGAGUUGCGGAGGGUUCAAUUCAAAAGUUGGUAAAAAUGUUUUAAGGUUAUGCCGUAUUUGUUCGUGAUUUUGAUGUAAACUGUUUCGAUAGUUAGUUUUUAAGUGAACGCCGUUUCGCAACUCCUGCGCAGAUUUAUACCAGCCGUUGCAAACAGCUCUAGUAUGGCCUAUGGCAAAAUAUGGCACCAUAAAAAAUUGCAAAUAUACAAUAUUUAAAUAUUACUGUGAUCUUAUUGCCUAUUGAGAUUUUCUGGAUCGAAGACUGAGCAAGAACUUAUAUAUAUAUAUGUGUUAUUGGUUAUAUUAUAUAUAUCCGGACUCUAAUACGUGUACGUAUGUGUGCAAAUAGAGUGCCAUAAUAUUAAGAUUACAAUAUUGAAUCUUAAACAUUUUUAUACCACUUAUGUAUUGUAUUUUAUGUACAAAAUAAAGAACAAAAUUUUGAAUGUUAGAAACUCCUGAAAAUAGGUACGAUUUGAUACAAUCCCGUCCAUAUAUAGAUAUAAUAUGUAUUUAGUAAAUAUAAUUAUAACAUUCAUACUGAUAUUAUAAUGUGUAGACAAGUUGUAAGUUGCUGUUCAGUGGUACAAUUGUGCCUUUUGAUUGUUGGUGCCUGAAUUAUAAAAGCCUGCGAAUGUGCCAUAUCGGCAUGCCAGAGGGGUAAUAGGUACAAAGUAGUUGUAUGACGAGUCACAAAAUGUAUGCCAAACAUAUUUUUUUAUUGUAAUUAGAACAUAAUGUGGGUUUACGGUCACUUUGUAAAUAAAAAUACGUAAAAUUGCUGACCCACCGACUAAGUUCAUCUGUAGAUAAAAUAAAAAUGAAUAAAGUAAAAACUCAAAAUAAUUUUUGCAAUAAAAUUAAAAUUGUUCUCAAAUUCAUUUCAUUGUUCCAUUGAAUGAACACCAACUACUAAGAUUUUAAUUUUUGCAAAAGUUAUAUUCUGGUUAGGGUUCUCUCCACCGAAUAAAUAGGACAUGAAAAGCCAAAAAGAUAGCUUUGUACAUAAGGCUUAUAUUACGUGGAGUACUUGCCCUACACUAUACUUCAAACUCCGACCUAGAAAUUAUUUGAAAUUACAAACAUAAUUGUUAAACCAACAAAAAAUAAUGUGUUCACAAAAUAUUCAUCAUAAUUAUUUAAGAAGUUGUAUUGACGUGCCUACACAAUUAUGAAUAAUUAUAAUUGUAUAAUUAUCUAGGUUUCAUUAUGUACCCGGGCACAGUGACGUUACAAACGUGCAAUAUACAUCGUACCAUCAAUAAAAUAUUUUAUGUCAUGUGUGUUAACAGAUCUGAGUUUGUACUGAACAUUUUUUGUCUCACUCAUUAUCAUUCUUAUGUUUAGACUAGACCAUCUUUCAUUAUAAACGUUAUUUUUUGAGAAUCACCCCAAAAAUACCUUUCUAUGCAUUUGUCAGCCAAAUUCAUCAGCAAAGGUUACCCCCCUAACGAUUAUAAUGAAAGAAAUUUAUAUAGGAUUUUGUGAACAAAAAUAAAUGAAUGAUUUUAAUAAAAUUACAUUUUUUGGACAAACUUUUAAAUAAAAUACAACAAAA